UAUUGUUCUUUGGCGCUCAUAGCGAUAUUAAAGUCAAAGUUUAUAUUCCUUCGGUAAAUUCGCUUUUUUCCUGGGGUUUUCUCUUCAAAAAUUACAAAGUUCUUUUCCUAUUUAUUUCAUCCAAAGAACGAAAUAUGGGCAACCUUUUGGGACUUUUUAGAGGUUUGUUUGGCAAAAAGGAGAUGAGAAUAUUGAUGGUGGGUCUUGAUGCGGCUGGUAAAACAACCAUUUUGUAUAAACUCAAGUUAGGAGAAAUAGUCACAACCAUUCCAACUAUAGGUUUCAAUGUGGAGACAGUUGAAUACAAGAACAUAAGUUUCACAGUUUGGGAUGUGGGUGGCCAAGAUAAGAUCAGACCUCUAUGGAGACAUUAUUUCCAGAAUACCCAAGGAUUGAUCUUCGUGGUGGACAGCAAUGAUAGGGAGAGAGUUGGGGAGGCAAGAGAAGAGUUGAUGAGGAUGCUGGCCGAGGAUGAACUCAGGGAUGCUGUCCUCCUAGUUUUUGCCAACAAACAGGACCUGCCCAAUGCAAUGAAUGCAGCCGAGAUAACAGACAAGUUAGGCUUGCACUCCUUACGCCAGAGGGAUUGGUACAUCCAGGCUACAUGUGCUACAAGUGGGGAUGGAUUGUACGAGGGACUCGAUUGGCUGUCUACUCAACUUAAGAAAAAGAAGUGAAUGCCUGAUUGGCCAGUUUUUUCCUGUACUGUAGUUGUGGUGGAAGUGUAGUGGGUGGAGUCGUGAAUAAAUUAUUUAGUUGAUCUUGUUUUUUAUUUAUUUAUUUGUUAUUUUAUUUCUGUCUAUGUCUUGUUUGUUUCAAAUUAAUUUUUUUGUAGUUUAUUUAAAGACAGUUGAAUGAGGCAUAUAUAAUUUUGACAUGGUUUUAACAUUGAAGGGGAAUAUGUAAUGGAUAUGGUGGUUCUGAUUUCUAUGGAUCACUAAUUUGGAUGAAAAAGAUUGUUUACUAAUACUAGAUUAGUGGAUGGAUAGAUGGAUGUGUAAAGGAAUGAAAUAAAAUAAUGAAUGAGUAAAAGAUGGAAUGAAGGAUUAGCUAGAAUUAGCUUACGGCCCUAUCCUAUUUCAACUGUAAACACAGUAGCAUUGAUAAAUUGUAUGUAUAAAUAGUUUAAAAAGAUGUGUGUGUACAUGUUAGAAGAGUUUUUUUACACGCUGUAUGUCAUAUACUCACCCAGAAGCACAACUGAAUUUUCUGUUUAUUUGUUUAAUUAUUUAUUUGUUUUUAAAAAUAUGAAAAAGAGAAAAAAAGAAUAGAUAAAUUUUUUGUAAUUAUUUUUUUAAAAUUCAACUUUUAGUUAAGAAUUUCAUAAUUUAUAUGUAAUUCGUUUAUAUACAUAACUAUUAGCACCUUCGUCAGUUUAGAGAAUAGUAAUAUUGCUGUUUGCGUGUGUGUUUGUUCACAUCACCUUUUCUUUCUAUCAUUUGUAAAGGUUUUAUUCCAUGUAUUUAUGAGUUGUAACUGGUUAUAAUGAUAAUAAUUUUAUUAUCAUCGUCAUCAUCAUCAGAUCUGCACUCACUUCGUCACCUCUUAUUAAAAUUCUAAUUUAAUAAUGAUUCCACUCGUGCACCCACUCAAAUUUGUGUUUUGAAAAAUUUUUAUAUCUAAAUAAUUCAUUUCUAUUGUAAUAAUGAUUCAAUAACGUAACCUUCUGAUUGAUUGAUUGAUUCACUCGUCAACUGAUUUAUUGAAUGUUGAUUUUUUGGGUUGAUAAUGUGUCGGGUUCUUUAAUUUAUACUAUUGUAUUUCACGUAGUUGUACUGUUUUUCAAGAAAAUAAAGACGGUUUGGUAGGCCUGACCAAAU